CCCCUCUACUACUAUCACCUUUUACCACUUAAUUAUCAGCUUUUCAUCACUCUCUCACUCACUCUCUUUCUCUCUCUCUCUCUCACACACACACACUAUAUCUGUUUGUCGCUCUCCCCUUGUGACUCACUUUCAAUUAGGGUUUCCUCUUUAGGAGUGCUCCAUCCUUUAACAAAUCUGAGGCUUAUACCUCUCGUUGGCUUUAGGCUACUUUGUCUCGAGAGGGAAAAAGAGAACAGCUUCUCAAAGACCUCCAACAAGGGAAAAAAGUGCAGGGAAAAUGGCAUCAUCCAGCUCUUACAACUCUCCAUGUGCAGCCUGCAAGUUCUUGAGGAGGAAAUGCAUGCCAGGAUGCAUCUUUGCGCCAUACUUCCCACCCGAAGAGCCUCAAAAGUUCGCAAACGUCCACAAAAUCUUUGGUGCCAGCAACGUAACCAAGCUCCUCAAUGAACUCCUCCCUCACCAGAGGGAGGAUGCAGUGAACUCCCUCGCCUAUGAGGCAGAGGCACGUGUGAGGGACCCAGUUUAUGGCUGUGUAGGAGCCAUCUCUUUCCUUCAGAGACAAGUCCAAAGGCUCCAAAAGGAGCUUGAUGCUGCAAAUGCUGAUCUGCUACGCUAUUCUUACACUGACAUCACUCCAGCAUCACUUUCUGUGCCACCAGGACUUGCUUCAUUUCACCAUGUUCCCCAGAGGCAGUUUAGUGCAAGAUUUGGCAACGAAUUAGCAAGUGGGUUUUAUCGCCACCAGUCUACUACUGCUACUGCUUAUUCCUUUCCUUAUGCUCUUCCUUGGACUGAUACCUCCUCGGAGGAUAUCAGUGAGGGAGCAGGAGGAGGAGGUAAUUUGUGAAAAUUAAGUUUGCAGUAUUAACCCUUCUAGGGUUUUAUGCUUUUUGAGGCGUGGCCUGCAAUAUUCUGAUGAUGGUGUGGUGUUAUUAUAUUAUAUGUGUCUAUUUUGGACUCUUGGCUAGCUGUGUAGCCUUAGUGCUGGACUCUUCUACUUCUAGCUAUGAGACUCUUAAUUUUAUUUGUUUCCUUUGAUGACUUUGUAUUGUUUAAAAACUUGUAGCCAGGGAGUUAGGUAGUCUUUUUCUUUAGAGCCUAAAAUAAGUUGGUAGAACAUGCAUAGUGUAAUGUAUGUGGCUACUAGACCUCUUAUUGUGUAUUGAUGCAACUCUAGGCAUGUGCAAUGUGAAGCUGAGUUGACAUGUUUCUCGGUCAUAUUGUUUUUUAUGAUUAAAAACAAGUAAGCAGUAACAUUAGUUA